AUGGCACUACCACGGUAUAAUCCAGAUGGCAUCACAUACUUUCAGCGGACUUUCGCAUCCAACUAUGAUCCAAACAGGGAUCAUACGUAUCUGCAGCGACAGCAGACUCGCGACAUCAAGACGCUGCUGUCAGACUUUUCGCCUCAUAUCGUCCUGGACGCCCACGAGUUCAACGCUACCGCGCCAGUAGGUCCAAAAGGCGAGUGGACUAAGGCGCAGGACUGUCUUCUUUCGGGCUCCAAGAAUCUCAACAUUCACGAAGACAUCCGCGGCCUAACAGAAGGGCUUUUCACCAAUUCCAUCGGUGCAGCAUUGGAGAAGCGUAAACUGCGUUGGAGCCCCUUCUUCAAUGGCGGGGAUGGCAACUUGGACUUGUCCGAACCCGGAUCUCUCAGCCGAGCGGGCCACAGCUCGGCCGGGCUUCUUCAAGCGGUGACGUUCCUGCUUGAAAUCCGCGGCAUUUCUCUGGCGGACCAACAUUUUCAGCGUCGUGUAGCUACUGGCCUCACCGUCCUCGAGACUCUGGUAACGCAAGCCGCAGAAAACGCCCGCGGGAUUUACAAGACGAUUGAGGACGCCCGCCAAAAGUUCGCAAACAGUACCGAAGAUAUCGUGGUCACAGACAAGGCGCGGUCGACCAGCGUUCAUUGGACGUUCAUCGACUCGAAGAACGGUAGCUUAGUCGACAUCCCAGUCACUUUCAAGAACAACACACCACCAGUGGCCAACCUUACAAGGGCGCGGCCCGAAGCUUACGUGUUCUCGGCGGCAUUCUCUGAUGUGGCGGAGAAGCUGCGCGCGUCUGGGGUCAAGGUUGAGCCACUCGAGCACGACUUUGAGGGUACUGUCGAAGUACUCAAAGUGCGAUCGGCGCGCGAGCAGAGUAGUCCUGAUUCUUUCGGCGUGACUGUCACCACUCGGGCGUUCGAGAAGGAGGUGAAGAUCCCGGCGGGGGGGUUUUGGGUCGACACGAGGCAGAAGAACGCGGCUGUUGCGUUUGUGACGCUGGAGCCAGAGAACUCGGCAUCAUAUGUCAAGUACAACGUGAUACCUCUGCGGAAAGGGGAUGAGUAUCCUAUUUUCAGGGUCUUGCGAAAGUGA